UCCGGGCGGUCAAAAGCGGCUAAACCUCGGCAAUCUUCGUCUACUAAUUGUCCAUACUCGCAAAGGACAACUGAAGCUCAUGAUAAACAUCAUGCCUCUUGGGAAAUAAUGGAAAUGGGCUUGGCGAUGCUCAUAUUGAAACUUAAUUAAUAUGACGGCGCAGAUGCUGGCCUCAGAGCUUGGAAACCUUAUACAAGAGAGCAAAAGAAAGCAUACAGAUCUCCGAAAUGUAAGUUCAGUUCCACGCGGCCGCGCUCUUUAAGUUGGCCCCUUUGCUGAUUCGCAAUAUCAGGCCGCGGAAAAGAGUCUGGAUGAGAUUAGGGGUCUGCGAUCAACAUCUGAAGCCCAAAUAGCUGCAGGUCAGUUUUUAGAAACAUGUUGUCAUCACUUAGUACGCUAGAAGUAUUCACUGAUGUACGAUUAGACCUCACUCAACGACCCAACUUCGUUACGCCUUUCCUCAUUGCCUGCGGAACCAAAAAUGUCAAGUUUACUGGAAUUGCGGUCGUUUGCCUUCAAAGAUUAGUCGUGUCACGUGCACUUCCCAAAUCGAGGCUAAGAGAAGUUUUGGAGGCAUUGCGAGAAGCUACAUCAGCGGGUCUGGAUGUGCAGCUGAAAAUCCUCCAGGCGUUGCCGUCGCUUUUGCAGAAUUAUGCAGAUGAAUUGAAGGGGGACCUCUUAGCUGCAGCACUCAACAUAUGUUCCAUUCUUCAGGCAAGCAAGAAUGGCAUUGUGCUUAAUACAGCUGCUGCUACCCUUCAACAGUUAGUCGUUUCUGUAUUCGACAAGGUUGUGGCAGAGGACAGUGAGUUUCCAAACCGGUUACCAAAGAAAAACUAGCAGCUAAUGAUGGGAUAGAAAUUGCUUUAGAAGUGCCCACCAUUGGCGAAGCACCAACUGGCGACGGAGUCAUCCAGCUGCGUGCUGCUGCCCUGGAUGCCUUUAGGGUUUUCAACGACAUAUGCUUGUUGACGGAAGCCCAAAAACCUCAAUUUUUGAAUUCCACUGGUCUUCCGCAGACGUUUGGGCUCGAGCUGAUUGAAUCUGUCUUGACCAAUCAUGCCGAUAUAUUCCUGUCACAUCCCGAGCAAGCAAAUAUACUAAGAGUCCGAGUUAUGCCAUUCAUCAUUAGCGCACUCUCAGAGAAGUUGAACUUUGCAGUGACUGUUAGAACCACAAGAAUCCUCUAUACACUUCUCAGAAGACACUUGAGCAUUCUCUCUUCUGAAGGCGAAAUGGCGCUCGGUCUACUCACCCACAUGCUUGACCAUGAUACUGCUCUAUGGAAGAGAUCACUCUGUAUGGAAAUAUUGAGAGGCAUCUUUGCCGAAGCAGCUUUGAUCAGAAGAAUAUUUUUCAUGUACGAUGCCCGAGAAGAGAAGAAAAAUAUCCUACGAGAUCUCGUUGCAGCUUUUGUCAGAGUCAGCACGGAAAAGCCUGCCGUUAUUGGUCUUGGUCAUCAAUCUACUAUCCCGAUUGCUAGCCAGGGUAGCACUUCAGAUCAAGCAAUGCUUGAAGCUAGCGGAGUUCCUGGUAUCAUCAGUAGCACGGUAAGUACGACUGAGCCAAGCGCUGGUGUCAGUGCGCAAUGGAGUACAAUGAGAGUACCAUGCAUUGAUCAGCUAGACAAGACGGAUGCACCAUCGAUCCCCGAAUCUUACAUCUACAGCCUCACUCUUGCAUGUAUUAGUGGAUUCUCCGAAGGACUUGCGAAGUUCAUACUACCCCUGACGGUACCUGAGCGGCCUCGAAAAAAAGGCCCCAGGCAUUCUGAAAUCGAUUCAAAAGCUUCUGAUUCUCGUCCUAGUACCCCUGAUAUAAAACCAAUCGAGAGGAAUUCGUCUUACAAAAAGAAUCCCAUCCCCAUCAAUCCAUUAACUCUCGAACAUCAUCAUCUAUUUCAAGAGGUCAAGAUUUGUGCCGGCAUCGUGGACGAAUGCUGGCCCGCAAUCUUGGCAACUUGUUCAACCUUUCUCUAUGCAGCGUUAGAUCAAGAAUAUUACCACGGCUUGGUUAGAUCAUUCCAAAAAUUCACUCAUGUGGCCGGACUUCUACGACUUGCGACACCUCGAGAUGCCUUUCUCACAACCCUAGGAAAGGCGGCAGUACCACCUAAUGUCUUGACAGCCACGACGACUCAAAUUCAAAGCCCAACGACGCCAACGGUGGACUCGCCUUCUAGCUCGAGCAUUUUCAACAACGCAAGAGGUCUCUUAAGUGUUGAUAGUUUGGUUAGCAAUUCGGAACGAAAUAAGCAUGCGCCCAUAGAUACAUCCAGUCCGACCCUCAACACACGCAAUUUACUUUGUCUUCGCGCACUAUUGAAUUUAGGGAUUGCAUUAGGACCCACACUCGACUCUGCAUGGGUCAUUGUUCUUGGUACGUUGCAGCAAGCUGAUCUGGUAAUAUUUUCCAGUGCCAAGUCCGUCAGAACUCCCACCACACAAAGACCAGAGAGUCAGGAUAUUAAUAACACCUCUGCAUUAUGGGCGAACUUUGGUACCGAGAUUAAAGCGGUUGAAACAGCUGCUACUAGGUUACUAGAAAGUACUGUUGAUUUCCCUAAUGAGCCAUUUGUGGCUGUUGUCUCAGCUCUCUGUGAUUUGUUCAGUAAAGAAGAAAUUCUCAAGAUAUCAGAAAAGCCAGUACCUUCUAGCCCAUCAUCUCCUGAAACAAGGAGGCCAUCUUACGCUCAUAAAAAGGUCCAUAGUAUUGUGACAGCACCAUCUACUCAGAAUCAAGAGGACCUAUUUGCGCUGGCGAAGUUGGGUGAUAUUGCGAGCAUCAAUAUUGAUAGAUUAACGACACAUGAGCCCCACGCUAGCGGGUGGCAGAUGCUAACAUCAGAGUUGAUUUCUGCCUCUUCUUCCCUCACUGCAACACCUUCUGUUAGACUAAGAGCUGCGGAAAUUCUCGUUAGGAUCGUGAUUGAAGCCGCAACUUCUACCCUAGCAGACUCUGAAGUUCGACGCAAUGUCAUACAAACCAUGCUACUUCAAGCACUGAGUCGUGCCCUGGGCCCACUGCAAACGGAAGAGAGACAAGUCACUGUGGCUAUACAUUCAACGGAUGUCGAAGUCCAUAAGGCUAUUCUUGAAGGCCUCAAAAGCAUUCUAGAGCAAUGUGGAGACAAGCUAAUCAGUGGUUGGGACAUCGCAUUCGAGAUCAUUGGAAGUGUCUUUAUGAAGUUUGACUCCGACGCAAAAAUAACCGCUACUCGAUCUGCUAAAUUAGUUCGCUCUGCUUUUAAUUCCCUCCAGCUCGUUUGUUCAGACUUCCUUUCAUCGCUACCCAAUUCUUGCUUUUUGAUACUCGUCGACACUCUUUACCAUUUCUGUACACAAGAUGAUGAUCUUAACAUUUCACUGACGGUAUAAAUCAUUCCUGACACUGUACUUUCACUAUUUCUAAUAAUUUUUUAGACUGUCACCUUCUUUUGGGUACUGUCAGAUUUCAUUUCUAGCAGAACCAGCUCCUUUUCGCUUAGUCCUGAUCUUAUCGAAGAUUCAACCGAGGACGCUCUGAUAGGAAAGGCAUCUGGUGAUGAUCGUGCUGUUUCAGAUGCAGCUUUAUGGAUGCUUCUCUUACUACGCCUUACAUCAGUUACGGCAGAUGAAAGACUAGAGCUCAGAAAUAGUGGGUCCAAACAUUAUUAGCCAAGUACUUUAUCUAACAUUGAUGUAGGCGCAAUUCAGACAUUACUAAGAAUCUUCGAUGCAUAUGGGGAUCAACUCAGCGCUGUAGCAUGGUCUAUGUGCCUGAAAUCAGUCAUCUUCAGAUUAUUGUCUUUGAUAGAGGCACAUCUGCAAUUUAUUACUGACCCUGAGCUUACUGUAUCUAAUAAGGACAAAACAGGAUGGAUUGAGACUACUGUUGUGGUUUUGAGUGGCAUUACCAAUUUGUUGGCCGACUAUCUAGAUGUUCUGACUAGCCAUCCCACGUUCGAAAGCUCUUGGAAAAUCUUGUUAGAACAUUUCAAAACAAUGCUAGCUUUCGAGAUUCUUGACAUCAAUACUGCUGUCUUCAAGGCUUUACAACAAAUUCUUUCCCGGGGAAAUGUCAAGGAGGCCACGAAAACCAAUUUCACGCGCAUUACGAUCGACUUGGCAUGGGGCCUUUGGUCUGAUUCUUUGCCUUCAGUAAGAAUCGAUGCGUUUGAUAAUCGCGUCGACAAUCAAGGUUAUCUGGUUGCUUACGUGUCUGCUCUUCCUGAGAUUUACCGUCUUGUGGAGGAUGACCUUGAUGCUGAUCGAGUCAAACGAAUGCUUACGCUACUUCGGGAAGCUAUGCAACAAGCGAAUGCUUCUACCUAUUCCGCAGACAUUGAGCAGCUCACACCAUUACAAUCCCAGGUAUUAGAGUCGCUUAAGAUGAUUCGCACUGAUAUUGAGGGAGUUCCCGCUACCUUGAUUAGUCAGGUUGCUGAAUUCGUAGCGUUGGCUUUCGUGCCAAAGGAUAAUACUUCUAACGUCCAGAGGCCCACGUACAUAGCUUUGUCUAAAGCUUCCAUGGUUUUAUCGGAGAAGCUCAUUAUAUCACAUUCCUCGGAGCCAGACAUCUACACCAGCGGUGCAGUAUCUUCUUCCUUAGCCGCGCUUGCCAAUCCCAUUGUCUUGAAGUACUCAUUUCCUAUAAUAUCGAAGAGUAUAUCACCAUGGCGCCAAGCAACAAUAUCAGCACUCGCCAUUCUGGGCGCCAUUUUACCGAUAAUGCCAACUAUCACUUUGAAUGAGGAAGCCGUCCGAUCUAUAUGGACGUCGAUAGUAAGCAUAGCUAUUGGAAUCACCUCUGCAGAUUGUGAUUUUGCAAACAAAACAGUUAAUAUCAAAGAUGAUCAAGAGUUCGACAUUGCAUCAUUCCUAACUUUGCGCGAGCUCAUCACUCCCGCUCUUGGCGCCCAAGUUAUACCGGACCGAACGCGUCGCACGUACACGGAGUCACUUUUCCACAUGUCCAUCAUCCACCCCGUACAACCCAGCGAGCUUCCCCAGCCCAGUCAGGAACUACUAGCCACAUUGUACCAAACUCGCAAAGGUUGCACUGUUGAUCCAAUCUCCUCCCCUCGUGCAAAAAUGAGUUACGUUUGCUUCGAUGAACUCAUCUCCCUCGUCACACUCAACGAUGGCUCUGUACCACGCAUUAAGCUCGCUCAAGCAGCUGCGCCAUACUUGAUUCUCAGAUGUGGCCUCGUUCUUCGUGCGUACAUUGCUGAUCAACCGCUUCGUGGCCGCAUGCCGCAGCCAUUAUCUCAACGCAAAGAACUUUUAUACAUUCUCAAGAAGCUUGUAGGGUUGAAAUGCGAAAGCGAGGCAAUUCCCGACACACCUGGUGUCGAGAGUGAGGGGAAAAAACAUUUACACAGAUUGUAUCCAUUGUUUGUGAAGACCAUGGGCGCGGCGGCGAGAGAUCAGGAGGUCUUGGAGUGGAUUGGGAAGGCUUUGGAGGAAGUAGGGAUGGAGUUUGGCCUUUGAGGCGGGGGACUGUGACGUCUAACAUAGGAUGAGAUAAAAGUGGGAAUGCACAUUAGAACAGGUUUAGAGAGAUGGCGUUAGUGAAUGAUUUUUGUUACUUUUUCGGUUGGGACAAAGUAGUGUAGAACCAUCUUUGGCUUGAAUUAGACCUGUUUUUGUUGCCUUUCAUCUCUCUGGAUCAAACAUCGAGGGGUUUCAAAAUAAUUUUAUUGGAGAUUUUAAAGUAUUUGGGUUUGC